AUGAUUUUACAUUUGAGAAUUUUAAACCAACUAAGAAAUAGGUCUGAAACAUCCAGGCAAUAUUCAUCUCAUAAUGAAGGAUAUACAAAACAAAAUACAUUUAGAAAUAAUCCUUAUAAAAUAUAUUCAGCAUAUAUUACUAUUGCCACAUCUAUAUUAGGUGCAUAUUAUUAUGUAUUUUAUAAAAAGGUCCAUGCUUUGGAUAAACAUGUUCCGUGUGGAGAAUUCAGAGCAGACUUAAAGACAUAUAAUUUGGAAGAAGUAGGCAAACAUGAUAACAAAGAAAAUCGUGUGUGGGUAACAUUUAAACAAGGAGUAUACGACAUAACAGAUUUUAUAGAUAUGCAUCCAGGUGGUUCUUCUAAGAUAAUAAUGGCAGCUGGUAGUUCAAUUGAACCAUUUUGGACAAUUUUUGCUAAUCAUAACACACCAGAAAUAUAUGAACUUCUUGAAUCAAUGAGGAUUGGAAAUAUUUCUAAAGAAGAUGCAAUUAACAAUAACAUUAAUAAGAAUGAUCCAUAUUCAAAAGAACCAAGAAGGCACAAAGCUUUAAAAAUUAAUGGACAAAAACCAUUUUGUGCUGAGCCACCACCUUCUUUAUUAAUUGAAAGCUUUAUUACACCAGUGGAAUUAUUUUAUGUAAGAAACCAUCUUCCUGUUCCUGACAUAGAUUUAAAAACAUAUACUUUAGAAUUAGCUGUAGAGGAAACAACAAAGAAAACUCUCACAUUUGAAGAUAUAAAAAAAUAUCCCAAGUAUACAAUAACAAGUGCAGUAAUGUGUGGUGGAAACAGAAGAUCAGAAAUGGCAAAAGAAAAACAGCUUAAAGGAUUGAGUUGGGAUGUAGGUGCUGUGGGUAAUGCUACAUGGGUUGGAGCAAAGUUAUGUGAUGUACUGAAAGAUUUAGGAAUUAACGAGGAUAACUACAAUCAUGUACAGUUUGAAGGACAUGACUCAGAUCCUUCUGGUACACCAUAUGGUGCAAGCAUACCCAUUAACAAAGCUGUGGAUCCUAGAUCAGAUGUAAUUUUAGCUUAUGAAAUGAAUGGACAACCAAUACCAAGAGAUCAUGGUUUUCCCAUUAGAGUAAUUGUUCCAGGUGUUGUGGGUGCUAGGAAUGUAAAAUGGCUUGUUAGAAUAAUUGUCUCAAAAGAAGAGAAUCAAUCUCAAUGGCAACAAGGUGAUUACAAAGGUUUUUCUCCCAGUACUGACUGGGACAAUGUAGAUUUUUCUAAGGCACCUGCCAUACAGGAAAUGCCCGUAGUUUCUGCAAUUUGUAAACCGAUACCAUCGGAAACGGUCGUGCCGAUAAAUGGAAAAAUAAAUGUUAAAGGAUAUGCGUGGUCAGGAGGAGGCCGAAAAAUUAUUCGAGUUGAUGUAACAAAUGACAAAGGUAGAACUUGGCAUACAGCUAACUUAGAUGCUGAAGAUACUAAUGCUAAAGAGGGUCGUUACUGGAGCUGGACAUUGUGGAGUAUAGAUUUGCCCGUUAAUAAAAGAUGUAAAGAAACAGAAAUUUGGGCCAAAGCUGUAGAUGCGUCAUAUAAUGUUCAACCAGAAAGUUUCAAAAAUAUCUGGAAUCUACGAGGUUUCCUUUGUAAUGCGUAUCACAGAGUUAGAGUUAAAUUGGAACAUUAA